UUUUUUCUUAUAAAAAAUUAAACUAUACAACUAUUUCCAAUUAUUAAAAUUUACAAAGUCAGACACCAAAACGAACAAGUCUAUCAUUGUACUUAACACCAACAAAUGGCAUUAUAUCUUUAAUUUAUAGCCGGCCACUUUAAUUAUUCUUCCUCUUAUAAUAUUUACUUCACUUCUCACGAAUCCAUCAAAAUUCCUUUUUUUUUUGCCUUCUCCAAAUUCCAUGAUGGAAACCUGUGAACGUGAUCAUUUCUAAUCUUGUCUAAUUUUAUAGAAUCACGUGUUUGAAGAUGGAUAGGCUACUAACUCUGGAGCCAUCGAACGUGGUUACAAUACGACUUGAACCAGGUCAGAGGUGUUCAGGUGCGCUAACCCUGCGUAACGUCAUGUACACCAUGCCAGUUGCGUUCCGUCUGCAGCCAGUAAACAAGACACGUUACGCGAUCCGUCCUCAAUCGGGAAUCAUCUCUCCUCUAACAACAAUCACUUUGGAGAUAAUUUACCGUCUCCCUCCAAACACAACUCUGCCAAGCACUUUCCCUCACUCUGAUCACUCAUUCCUUUUGCACAGUGUUGUGGCCCCAGGAGCAGCUAUUAACAACAAGGCCACUUCCUUAGAUAUGGUCCCGAUUGAUUGGUUCACUACAAAGAAAAAACAAGUUUUCAUUGAUAGUGCUAUAAAAGUAAUGUUUAUUGGUUCGCCUGUUUUGUGCUAUCUUGUUAAAAAAGGCUAUAUGGAUGAAAUUAGAGAAGUUUUAGAAAAAAGUGACUAUAAUUGCAAGCCUGUUGACUCAGUUGACUGUGAAGGUAAAACAUUAUUACAUUUGGCUAUUUCACAAAGUAGGGCUGAUUUAGUCCAAUUGUUACUUGAAUUUGGGCCUAACAUUGAGGCCCAUAGUAGAUCAUGUUCAAGCCCAUUAGAAACAGCAGCAGCAUUAGGAGAGUCUUUAAUUGUUGAGCUUUUAUUAGCAAAAAAGGCUAAAACUGAAAGAACAGAGUACUCUGCUUCAGGCCCAAUACAUCUUGCUGCUGGAAAUGGCCAUUUGGAAGUACUAAAACUACUCUUACUCAAUGGUGCUAAUGUGAAUGCACUAACGAAAGACGGUAACACGGCCUUGCAUAUCGCGGUGGAGGAAGGUAGACGAGAUUGUGUUCGUGUUUUACUGGCUAAUGGCGCGAGAGCUGAUGCGCGAAACGAGGGGAAUUGUGAUACACCUUUGCAUAUUGCUGCUGCAUUAGGUGAUGAACAUAUGGUACGCGUAUUAAUUCAAAAAGGUGCUGAGAAAAAUAUACGUAACAAAUAUGGGAAAACUGCUUAUGAUGUUGCUGCUGAACAUGGACAUAACAAGCUUUUCGAUGCUCUACGUUUAGGUGAUAGCUUAUGUGUGGCGGCUCGAAAAGGAGAGGUAAGAACCAUCCAACGUCUCCUGGAAAACGGAGCCAUCAUCAACGGAUGUGACCAACAUGGUUGGACCGCGUUGCACCGGGCUAGUUUCAAAGGACGAAUAGAAGUUGUAAAAACAUUAAUAGAAAAUGGAAUUGAUAUAAAUGCAAAAGAUGAAGAUGGAUAUAGUGCAUUACAUUGUGCUGUUGAAUCUGGACAUGUUGAUGUAGCUGAAUUACUAGUUAAAAAAGGUGCAGACAUUGAUUCAAGGACAAAUAAAGGUGUUAGUCCGUUACGUAUCGCAGAAUCGUUGAAAUAUUCAGGGUUGACUAGGGUGAUCAUGCAAGGUAAUGGAGUGAAAGAACAAGUAGGGGCAAAAUUGGAAAUGAAUAUCGCGAAAUCCUACGGUAAAAUGACUAAAGAAGUCGAAAUUAUUGGGAGUGUGAAAAAAAGAAGUCAUGUGAAUAAAUCGUCAAGAGUUCGGAGGAGUAGCAUUGAUAGAACUAUUUGAUCGAAUAUGAAAAGACAACUCGAUGUAUUAAAUUUUAUCUUAUAAUUAAGUGAUUCGUUGAGCCAUCAACGGUAAAUUGUUGUGUUAGGUUUUAUAUAAUUGUAACUUUUCCAUUCCUACAAAAUUAUCGUCCACUUAUCUAACUUUUUUCUUGUAUUGUUGUUGUACCUUUUAGGCCGUGUUUGGUGCGGAAGAAAAUAUUUUUAUAAUUUUUUUUAAAAAUUUUCUUAUGUAUACUUUUGAAAAUAAUUUUUUUUUUUUGUAUAAACAUGUUUCUUAAGAAUCAGAAAAAUGACAUUUUUAGUUGAAAUAGAAUAAAUAAAUUAUAUUAAGUGAUAUUAAUUUUACACGCAUUCGAGGGGUGUUAAAAAUUACACUCUGUAGCUAAGUAAAAAUAGUUGUGGGUAUAUAUACGCCCACAACUAUCAUCAGACUCCGUUAUUAAUCGUUUCUUCUGAUCCCCCUACCCAACCCAACACUGUAACAUUGCGCUCUCUCAUAAUAUUUAUCUAAACUAUAUAUAAUUACUUCUGGAUAAUAUUUUUUCUAUAAACAUACCAACCACUAAAAAAUUAACCAUUUAUCUUACAUAAAUUUUUAUUUCAUACCAUAUACACCCUAAUUUAAUGUAACCAACAUUUGUUAGAUAACCAAAAUUUGACAUUUUAUUAUAUGUAUAUAUAUAUAUAUUAAAAUCAUUAAAUUGAUGUGUCAUAUUCCACUUGCUUUGAAUAUAAUAUAAACCACGUAUUUUUACCAACCAACUAAUUAUAAUGUCCCACACUCAACC